AUGGGACUGCCCAGAUUUUUGGAAUCGGUGGCGGCUAACCAAAUUGCCGCUAUCCCAAAAAAUCUCCCUCAAGAUUGGAAGGAUCAGGCUUUGUUGACUGCAUGCCGAAACGGUCAUGUAAGUUUAAUAAAAAAAUUACUGGAUACAGAAGCCAAUCCGAAAUAUGGAAGCCCGCCUGAUGGCGAUUUCCCAUUGGUUAACGCAUCUUCCAGAGGUAAUUUUGAAAUUGUUAAACUUCUUCUUGCAAAUGGGGCGGAAUCUAAUCAAGGAACCACCGACAAAGGAAUAACGGCUCUGAUGGCCGCAAGCCAGAGCGGUCAUGCGGAAGUUGCCCGACUCCUCGUCGAAAACCAGGCCGAUCCAAACCAAGGAACCACCGACAAAGGAUGGACGGCGUUGAUGGCCGCAAGCGAAAACGGUCAUGCGGAAGUUGCCCGACUCCUCGUCGAAAACCAGGCCGAUCCAAACCAAGGAACCACCGACGUCGGAUGGACGGCGUUGAUGGCCGCAAGCCAGAGCGGUCAUGCGGAAGUUGCCCGACUCCUCGUCGAAAACCAGGCCGAUCCAAACCAAGGAACCACCGACAAAGGAUGGACGGCGUUGAUAGCCGCAAGCCAGAGCGGUCAUGCGGAAGUUGCCCGACUCCUCGUCGAAAACCAGGCCGAUCCAAACCAAGGAACCACCGACGUCGGAUGGACGGCGUUGAUGGCCGCAAGCGAAAACGGUCAUGCGGAAGUUGCCCGACUCCUCGUCGAAAACCAGGCCGAUCCAAACCAAGGCAAAACCGAUAACGGAUGGACGGCGUUGAUGGCCGCAAGCCUGAGCGGUCAUGCGGAAGUUGCCCGACUCCUCGUCGAAAACCAGGCCGAUCCAAACCAAGGAACCACCGACAAAGGAAUAACGGCUCUGAUGGCCGCAAGCGCAAACGGUCAUGCGGAAGUUGCCCGACUCCUCGUCGAAAACCAGGCCGAUCCAAACCAAGGAACACCACCAACAAAGGAUGGACGGCGUUGA